AUGCCAUUGUGGCUGUUCGUCCCGUUGGUCCCGUUGCCCCUCCACCGCUGCUUACAAGUGCUGGAAGGGUUUCAAGAAGUGCACUUUGAUGACGGGAAGAAGAGUCCAGCUCCCGAGAACCAGAACGGUGAUGCUUCCGAUCCCGAGCUGCGAAAGGACUUCGGAUUCAGCCUCGAGGAUGACGAGUCUGAUGAAUAUGAGGAGAACGACGUUGAAGCCGGUGGCAAGUGGAUCCACGAAGGUACCUGCGCUUUAACCCGGAUGGGGUGUAAAUACCGCCACGAGAUGCCGAUGGAUCGUGAGACCCAGCUCUCCCUCAAUCGAAACCAUGGUCUGCCGAACUGGUACCAUCGGGAGAAUGGUAUCUUUCAUCCUGGAGGAUUAACUUUAGUAAACCGAAGAGUAGCAACAAUAUCCAUCGCGGAUGACGUGGAGAGAGCGAGUAUGUUCAGCCACCGCCUCCAACCCGACUUUCCCAGUCUGCAAAGUCCCGGCCGAGCGACCGAUCUCUACCAAUGA